AUGAGUUGGCAGAAGAAAAACGACGAUAAUAAUUUCGAAGCCGAUGAGCGCCCGUCAAAUUCCUCUGCGAAAAGCCAGAGGAUCGAAAAAUUAACGCAAGAAAACGAACUGGAUGAACUUUAUGGUUACCAAGAGCCGUCAGAACCGGGUGUAUCAACCGGCUGGCUGGUAAACAUGCACGCCGGAGACACAAUUAACGAAGAUGGCCAGCUUGUUUCUUGCGUCCACUAUUACUUCAUCAAGCAAGAUGGAGACAGAUUCAAAGUCCGUCUAACCUAUCAGCCCUAUUUCUACGUCGAGCCCAGGCUAGGCCUGGAGCACGAAAUCUCCAACUACCUCUCCCGUCGAUUUGAAAAAAUGGUCAACGUAAAAGUCGAGCUCGUCGCAAAAGAAGAUUUAGACUUAAACAAUCAUCUUUCCGGACUAAAAAGACAUUUCGUGAAACUGACAUUUGAUCACGUGGACGACAUGCAGGUUGUUUUGAAACCAAUUCGAGCUGCAGUAUCGAGAAACAAGAAAUUAGCGGACAACAAAGUCUCGGACUUAGUAAUGGCGCUGGAUGGAGACAGCGACGCGAUUAGCUCGGAUAUGAUGGACGAAAUCGUAGACAUACGCGAGUACGAUGUCCCGUUUCAUGUCCGGGUGUCUAUUGAUAAGCAAAUAUUCGUGGCGCACUGGUACGAUGUCAAUUGGACUGGGCAACAUGAUGUACCGACCUUUUUGAGAAGAGACGACCUUUUAACGCGACCAGACCCAGUUGUCCUGGCAUAUGAUAUUGAAACGACGAAGCUUCCGUUGAAAUUCCCAAACUCGGAGAUUGAUCAUAUUAUGAUGAUAUCGUACAUGGUCGACGGGCAGGGAUAUCUUAUCAUCAAUCGGGCGAUCGUUUCGGCGGACGUUGAGGAUUUCGAAUUCACUCCUAGGCCAGAAUUUGAGGGGCCGUUUAUUGUUUAUAACGAGGAAGAUGAAUUUGCUACUAUUCGCAAGUUUUUCGAUCAUAUUCAGGAGCUCAAGCCACAUGUUAUCGUCACUUACAACGGUGAUUUCUUCGAUUGGCCCUUUGUCGACGACAGGGCCAAAGUACACGGACUGACGAUGAAGCGCGAAAUCGGCUUCGAACGCGAAACGCACGGCGGUGAAGACACAUUUCUCUGCCGCCAAUGUCUUCACAUGGACGCCUUCAAAUGGGUCAAGCGUGAUUCUUACUUGCCAGUCGGUUCCCAGGGUUUGAAAGCGGCAGCAAAAGCGAAACUACGAUUCGAUCCAGUUGAGCUUGAUCCAGAGUUAAUGUGUAAAAUGGCGACCGAGCAGCCGCAAGUUCUAGCGACAUAUUCCGUAUCAGACGCUUUAGCGACUUAUUACAUGUAUCAGAAGUACGUUCAUCCCUUUAUCUUCGCCUUGUGUAUGAUCAUUCCAAUGGAGCCGGAUGAAGUCCUGAGAAAAGGAUCAGGAACGCUUUGCGAGGCGCUGCUGAUGGACUACGCCUACAGAGCAAAUGUAAUUUAUCCGAAUAAACAACAGACGAAUAUGGACAAGACGUUUGAUGGCCAUUUACUCGAGUCUGAGACCUACGUGGGAGGUCGGGUAGAAGCCAUUGAGUGUGGAGUUUUUCGGGCAGACUUUCCGGAAAGAUUUCGUUUAGAUCCGGAUGCGUAUCAAGCACUUUUGGACGCAGUCGAUGAGACCAUGAAGUUUUCAUUAGAAAAAGAAGAGGGCGUACCGCUAGAUCAAGUUGAAGACUACGACGAAGUGUGUAACCAAAUCAAAGCAAAGCUAGAAUCACUGCGCGACACGCCCAACCGAAUCGAGAAUCCGCUAAUUUAUCACCUCGAUGUGGGUGCGAUGUAUCCGAAUAUUAUUUUGACGAAUAGACUCCAACCGCCUGCAAUCAUCAACGAAAAUACUUGCGUUACGUGUGAUUACAACACGCCAGAUGCUGAUUGUCGACGACGCAUGGACUGGAUGUGGAGAGGAGAAUAUUACCCGGCAACUAAAAACGAAACAAGCCGGAUUAAACAACAACUUGAAACAGAAAAAUUCACAACGAAAAAUUUUGGAAACGAAAAAACUAAUGUGCCAUUCUUUAAACUUCCUAAACGCGAUCAAGACGCAAAGGUCCGACAACGAUUAUCAGAGUACUGCCGUCGGGCGUAUAAAAAAGUCAAAACUACGAAAGAAGAAUUAAGAAAUGAUAUCAUCUGUCAACGAGAGAAUCCUUUUUACAUUGAUACAGUCCGCAUGUUCCGUGAUAAACGAUACGAGUACAAGGGAUUACUGAAAAAGUCCAAAAAGAUACUCGAAGCGGCGCAGAAAAGAGGAGCUGAUGCGGCAGAAAUUAAAGAUUGCAACGGAAAAGUUGUUCUUUAUGAUUCGCUGCAGUUGGCGCACAAGUGCAUUCUCAAUUCCUUCUAUGGUUACGUUAUGAGAAAGGGAUCCAGAUGGUUCUCAAUGGAAAUGGCAGGCAUCGUCUGUUACACUGGCGCAAAUAUCAUCAAAAACGCUAGAAUGAUCGUUGAGAAAAUCGGCCGAGGUCUCGAACUGGAUACUGACGGUAUCUGGUGCAUUUUACCAGCUUCGUUUCCUGAAAACUUCACAUUUAACACCCGAAAGGAAGGGAAGAAAAAAGUCAUGAUCUCGUACCCCGGAGCGAUUUUGAAUUACAUGUGCGAUCAGAAAUUCACAAACAAUCAGUACCACGAUUUAGGCGAAGAUGGAAAAUACACUAAACGCGACGAGAACUCGAUCUUCUUCGAAGUUGAUGGCCCUUACAAGGCGAUGAUUCUACCCGCUUCGACAGAGCAAGGUCGAAAGCUGAAAAAACGUUAUGCCGUGUUUAAUUUCGACGGAUCUUUGGCCGAGCUGAAAGGAUUUGAGGUGAAACGCCGUGGAGAACUCCAGCUUGUGAAACUUUUCCAGCAAUCCGUUUUUGAUUCAUUUUUGAAAGGCAAGAACUUGAAGGAAUGCUAUGGUGAAGUCGCUAAAGUUGCCGAUUAUUGGAUCGAUGUCUUGUAUUCCAAGGCUGCUCACAUGCCCGACGAUGAACUGUUUGACCUCAUCGCCGAAAAGCGAUCCAUGUCGAAAAAACUAUCAGAGUACGGCGAGCAGAAAUCAACUUCCAUUUCAACAGCAAAGCGUCUGGCUGAAUUUCUCGGUGACGAAAUGGUCAAAGACUCGGGUUUAGCCUGCAACUUCUUCAUCUCGAAAUACCCAGCUGGUGCACCAACGACUGAACGAGCGAUUCCCCUUGCUAUCUUUCAAGCUGAGCCGAGUAUUAAAAAUUAUUACGUGCGGAAGUGGUGCAAAGAUUCAAGCCUCCACGAUUUCGACAUAAGAGACUUGAUCGACUGGGAAUAUUACCUUGAGCGUUUUGGAGCAACGAUUCAAAAAAUCAUCACGAUUCCAGCCGCGUUACAGAACGUUUCCAACCCUGUCCCGCGCAUCAAACAUCCUGAUUGGCUUCACAAAGAGCUGCUCCAGCGGAAUGACACUUUCCGACAGGGGAAGAUGAUAGAUCACUUCAAAGUCACAAAACGAACGACGACGGAAGAAAUAAAUGAAAAGGAGAAUCAAGCGCCUGACAUAGAGAAUCUUUGCGGAGGGAAGCCUCAAGAACGAAAACCUCUGGUAAACUUUUCCCGUAAACGAGCCCGCGAGGAUGAAAGCAUGUUCAUUGGGAAGACCUGGAAGGAUGCGCUGGGAGAGAUGCCCGUCUGGGGCGAGACAUGGGAGGAAAGACGCAAGUGGUUCAAGUUUCAAAAGCUCAAGUGGGAGUUUCAACGGAAGAAGAAACGAAUUUUAAAGAAAUCUGGAAAGGUAGACCGUUCUGGUCGGCAAGGAGAGAGUGUUGGUGGCACUUUAGGUGCGAUAAAAAAGCGAGCAAAAACAGUCUUGGACCAGUUUUGGAGCGUCAUCCAAGUUGAAGAACUACAAAACGGCGAGUUCAAAUUGUGGACUCAAAUUGAUCACGAGCUUCAUCACAUGACCGUCACAGUUCCUCGCAUUUUCUACGUCAACAGGAAAACUCCUAAAGCUCAAGAAAUCGGGCCAGUGUGGAAGCGUAUCCAAAAGUCAUUGCCUCGUUCAACCCCCGCCAACUUCCUCUAUCAGUACAGUCUCAACGAGAGCGACUUUCGGGCUCACUAUCACGAGAUUCAAACGGAACUGAACGGGCCAGAAGUAGAAGGUGUCUACGAAAUGGGAGUGCCGCUUGAUUUCCGGCUGAUGGUCGACCUUGGUUGUGUUUGCUCAGUAACGCGAAGUGCAGCGAAGGGAAUGUCUAAGAUGGGAGUCGAGCAGUUCCAACUUGACGAGCUCGAGUCACACAGCUGCUCGGAGCACAUGUAUCUAUCAGAAAAUGUCCGGACAAUGUAUGUCCAUCACAAUGGCAAGGGAAAUACACAAUUUCUGGCACUUUACUCUUCUGGCAAGCUCUAUAUCUACCUCCUAGCGCCUUCGAGACAAAACUUGAUGCCCAACAUCAUGAGCUUGUACAAAAAGUAUCUCGAGACGCAAGAAUUAAACUCUGAAACAGUUCAUAUCUCCAGCAUUGAAGAAGUAAAAGUUGAAACAAGUGUCAAAGAGUUACAAAAAGCCUUUUCUCGGGCAGUUGCAAAGGAGCGGAUCGGCCCUGUGAUGGUUUGUAUUCAAAGUCCAUUCGAUGAGCUUCCCGUGAAAAUCGAAGACGUGCCGAUUAUUCGUCUGCCAAAGCUGGCUAAAGAUGAGCUCGCCGGGCGCACGACGGACUGGCAGAAAGCGGCAGCGGAAUCAUUCGUGACGCGGCUCUUCGUCCAUAAAAUGGAAAUCGAGAAUCUUAAGGAACAAGCCAGAUUCUAUCACAUCCCGAUCGGAAACAUACCCAGCGAUUGCAUCUUAUAUGGCGCUGAUUUAUUCUAUGCGCGAGCUUUGCAGCGUUCAAACCAGCUCCUUUGGUGUUCGAUGUCUGCCAGACCGGACUUGGGCGGCCGUGAACGAGACCUUGCGAGAUUAGAGGCUGAGCCGAGUCAGCUUGUGCCUUUGUUCGAUAAACCAGGGCUAUACCAGUCGAUUACGGUGGAAAUGACGAUCAACGGCAUUUUCGAAGCGGCUUUGUUGCAAAGCCACAACCUGACCGAGCUAGACGGGUUUGAGACGUUUCAACAAGGGACCGUAGAUAAACAGUUCAAGGCCGACGGUCAAUUGAAUACGAAUUAUGCUGAGUCGACUCUUGCCCUCCCUCAGUACCGUAUCUUGAAGAAUCUGGUCGCUGUUUGGGUCAAAGACAUCGCGCAAUACGACAGCUCUUUUGCAGAUUCUCAGGUCCAGCAUCUGAUGCGUUACAUCACCUCUACCACUUCACUUCUUUUUGAUCCCGCUAUUCAAGAAUUACUCGUCUCAGCUGUAUAUCGUUUGUACAAACUUCUCUGCAACGAGUUGAAACGAAUCGGCUGUGAGGCCAUUCACGUCUCUCCAAGAAAACUACUGCUCGUUACGAAAAAGAAGAAUAUCGGGGAUGCAAUUGGAUAUGUCGACUUUAUUGAAAAAACUUUGCGGAAAAAGGAGUUGUUUCAGGCGAUUGAUUUCAAGUUUACCUCUGCCUGGGAGACGCUUUUGUGGCACAAUCAAAAUAAUUACGGAGGUUUGCAAGUUCAAGAUAAAGUCAUCAAAGAGAUCAUGGGGGAUGAAGAAGAUGAAGAUGACGUCGUAGAGGAGGAUGAGGAAGAAGAGAUGGUGAUGAAGUUCGAAUGGAGUGAGCAUCUUCCCACUGAGGCUGGAAUGCAAGCUUCAUUCACUCAGCUGAUUGCUGGCUACAUCAAGGUCCUUCACGAACAAGCUAAAGAAACGAGCGAUGAAGAGAAGCUAGCCGAAUUCGCUGUGGGCAUAAUUACCGGCGAGUUCUCAGAUCACCUUCUCGAAGCAACGCAAAAGAUUCUAAAUAGAUACCCGGCCGGAACGACACGUGCGAAAGAAGUUUUCCCAAAGCUAGCUGGCAGCUUUCUGACGCUAGAUCACCCGGCACUAUUCUAUGCGAAAGUUAUAACGCAGGUUCUCUCCGCCCACGAAGGCGUUUCUGAAGAGCUCCAGUCGCUUAGACGAAACGUUUUCCGCCUCCUUGGCAUUUCCGAAUUCUCUGAGAAAGGACAAUGGGUUGAUCCCGCCGCCAAGUUGAUCCUCAAGGAUGUCGUUUGCAGUCAAUGUGGCGUUUCCCAGGAUUUAGAUUUGACCGUCGAUCUCAAUCCUGACUGCGAGUGUGACUUCUUUGAUGAAAAGUCACACAAGCAGGUUAUUGAGUCUCGCUUGAUUGAAGAGCUCAAGAAACGAGUCAUUGGGUGGAAUUUGCAAGACGUGGUCUGCAUGCGAUGCAACCAAGUCCGCUCCGGCGACAUGGGACAUCUCUGCGAAUGCGCUGGAAAGUUCAAAUCCACUCUGAUCGAAGACGGUAAAGAACUUCAAACUUACUUCCGAACACUUCGUCAACUAGCCAAAUUUUACAAAAUGAAUCACUUGUCAUCAACAAUGGACUGGAUUCUCGGGAGUGGAGGUCGAAAGUCCGCAGCUGUCAAAAUCGACCGAAACAUUCUCAAUUAG